CCCCUUCCUUUUACCCCAAUGACUACCGAUUUCUGUGUGAAUCAUAAAAGCAUGUUUCUCCGUAGAGAAAUAUGCUUAAAAGAGUGUGUCAGAAAUAUCAGUUAUAAUCGGUGGUAGCGCAGUGAUCAGUCGCGUGCAUAUCGUUUAGACUUUUUGAAGCUUUAUAUAUAAUACCAAAUAAUCCAAAAAAUGAAUUCGUUUGUUACAGGUUCUGAUAUUGCAACAGGCAGUGGACAUCAGCAGCCAUCGAAGAGAAAGCUUUCCCCUGUAAAAGAAGUUAGAAAUACUAUAUUGCAUAAACCAGUUAUCAAUGGUAGCCCAGUUGCGAAGAAAAAAUUUGUUCCAACCAUCCCACCAACUCGUUCUAAGAAAACAUCUGAUUCCCCAUCAUUGAAGGAAAGGAAACCAAUUCAACCGUACAAGGGAAUUCCUAGGAGGGGAGGUCAUGGAAGGGGGACUAAAAAUGGAAUGAAUAAUUUGAGGCAGCCCCAUCAGAGACGGCCAGUAAACCAUGGCAACAGACCAGUUGCACAAUAUCAAAAACCAGUACUCGUUCAGAUGGAAGGAAGUCUGUUUGGGCAAGGGGUGGCAAUGGAAAAGGGAAAGCAUGCAUCCAAACUACAAAAUCAAGCUACCCUAGACCCUGUUCUGAAUGCACUCAGUGCAGUUGACAGAUUUGAGGAUUUACAAAAUAAUAAUUUAUCAACCCGACUGCUAAAAAGUCAACUACUGAUACCACAAUCUAGCUCAGCUGAUUCCAAAAGUCCAGAAUCACAGCUGGAGAGUAAUCAACUGAUUUUGAAGAGAGACAGUCAAAUUCACAAUGAAGACCAGGUGGUGGUGAAUCAGAAGUUGUCAGAAAAACUGAAAUUUCACCAAGUAGAAGGUGUAAAGUUUAUGUGGAAUGCAUGUUUCAGAACCAGCACAAGUGCUGGAUGUGUGCUUGCACAUUGCAUGGGUUUAGGCAAAAGCUUGCAAGUUGUAACUUUGACCCAUACUGUACUUACUAAUGCUAUAUGUCAGGUAAAUCGUGUAAUGGUGGUGUGUCCACUUAGCACGGUCUUAAACUGGGAAAACGAGUUCAGGAUCUGGCUUCCUGGUGACACAUUCACAACUCUGAACGUUUGCGAAUUAGCUAGCAGUAAAACGAGUAAAACGAGAGAAACAAAAAUUAAAAAAUGGCUGAAUAUCGGAGGAGUAUUGAUUUUGGGGUAUGAAAUGUUUCGAACACUUACCAAAGAGAAAAAGAAGCUUACUGAGCAGGACGAGGUAUUUCGGCAAGCCUUAGUUGAUCCGGGUCCGGAUGUACUUAUUUGUGAUGAAGGACAUUUAUUGAAAAACGAAGAUUCUGAAAUUUACAAAGCCAUGAAUCAGAUUUGCACUCGACGCCGAAUUAUGCUAACUGGCACACCUCUUCAAAAUAGUCUGUUCGAAUUCUAUACAAUGGUUCAGUUUGUUAAGCCUGGACAACUGGGUACGAAAGCAGAAUUCGGAAAACGUUUUGUAAAGCCGUUGGAAAAAGGACAGGCGGUCGACUCCACCCCGGAAGAUGUUCGUGUCAUGAAACGGCGAGCUCUUAUUCUUCAUAAGAUGCUUGAAAAUAUUGUUCAGCGUUUUGACAGCAACGUCCUUGCACCCUUUUUACCACCCAAAUAUGAAUAUGUUGUAUCCAUAAGGAUGUCGGAGCUCCAAAUCCGCCUUUACCUUUAUUAUUUGGAAAAUCACACUAAAGGAGGGAGUAUCCAACCCUCCGGAAAUCAAGGUGAAAGUGCUGGAUUGUUCAGCGACUUUCAGCAGCUUGCCCGAGUUUGGACUCAUCCAAAGGCUUUGCUUUUGGCAUGUAAUCGUCCGGAUUCAAGGAACUCAACUCGACAUGCUGUUUCAAAAAUUUCCAGUAGUGGUGAAGGAAAGGCGAAAAAAAAUGCCAAAAACGACGAUGACGAUGAUUACCUCAUGAGGACCGAGGAACAAAUUUUCGGCGAGGACGUGUGUAUGCAAGAUCCGGUUGACCAAGCUUUAACGUCGUCCAGCAGUCCUUGGUGGUCAGAUUUAAUCUCAGAAAACGAAAUUAACAACAUAGAACACAGUGGAAAAUUUGUUCUGCUGAUGGAUAUUCUUCGGGAGUGCGAGCUGAUUGGUGAUAAAUUAUUGGUCUUCAGCCAGUCGCUCACAAGCCUAGAUCUGAUAGAAGAGUUUCUUGCAAUUGAAGAUUUCAAAAAUCAAAUCAGAAGCACUAACGAAACCAAUGGGAAGGUUGUUGGCGGCACGUGGAAUAUCAAUACUGAUUACUUUCGACUGGAUGGCUCCACGUCUUCCGAACAGCGUCUUAAAUGGUGCCGAGCGUUCAAUGACCCCCAAAAUCCCCGUUCGCGUCUGUUUAUAAUCUCAACUAGAGCUGGCGGUAUAGGCAUAAAUUUGGUGGGAGCCAACCGCGUCAUAAUUUUUGAUGCUUCAUGGAACCCGUCACAUGAUCUUCAAAGUGUCUUCCGGGUUUACCGGUUAGGACAAAAGAAGCCGUGUUACAUUUAUCGCUUCGUAGCUCAGGGAACCAUGGAAGAAAAAAUCUAUUAUCGCCAGGUAGCCAAACUCUCACUAUCAAGGCGUAUUGUUGACGAGGAACAAAUCGAUCGUUACUUCGGCUCAAACGAUUUGACUGACCUCUAUACAUUUAAUGCCGAUGGCCAGUUUUCGUUACCGGCUUCAAUACAAGAGCGUGAUGACUCUUCUCUUCUUGACGACAACCUGUUGGCUGGAGUCGCAGUUCGACUGAAAGAGUGGGUUGGUGGGUACCAAGCACACGAUUCUUUGCUUCAGAAUCGUCCUGAAGAAUAUCUCGAAGACAGUGAGCAGCAAGCCAUUUGGAAAAUAUUUCAAGUAGAAAAAGAAAAAGAGACUUCGUUGACGCAAGCAAGCUCGCAAAUAACUCUGUGAUGAAGUUGGUUUUGUUUAGAACCUGAGUAGGUAGACCUAGUCUUAGUGAUUACUGCCAUUUUAGGCAUUUCCUUAUUGCUCUGCGUGGAACGCAUUCAUCAUGUAUUUCUGUUGAAUUUCGUUUUUCUUUUUUGUUAAUUUCUAAAUAGAAUUUCGGUUUCUUAAUCCAACGGGUAAUGUAAUAUUUCGUUGAUGUAGUUAGUAUCUACGAAACUUAGACACAAUUUAAUAGACCUGUUGUGUUCUAGAAAAGCACGAGUUCCAAGCCAUGAAAACCACCAAACAAACACAUGCGUCCAUUCUAUCAUGUAGUUUACAGCAAUGUGGGGACGAUUGGUGGGAGGGUGUUAAAUGAGCUAGUUUAUUUGAACACCUGUUAGCGCACCUGAGUAAGCGGCCCAGGAUCCUAUCGACCCAAAAAUUCGUUUUUAUCAUUGCAUGCUUUAGCUUGUACGACACUUUGUAUUUUAUUUUAUUGCGUUGGAAUUGUGGUAGUUGGGUUUAGUAGAAUUUCGCCGUCGCUUAUUUUGGCCCUCAUCAAAAUGAGGUGUUGUUACGUUUUUCUUUUAAUAGUGGUAGUGGGUACUGCUAUCGCUUCCUCCGAAUUCAAACCAAAUCCUGAUGUAGACGAGCGUUGGGAACGUUUUAAGGUAAAAUUUCGUAAGACGUAUGCUAGUGAUGCUGAAGAAUUGAAAAGACGAGAAAUUUGGGAGAAGAACAUCGCCAACAUUGACAAACACAAUGAGGAGUUUAAGGAAGGCAAACAUUCCUACACGCUAGCAGAGAACAAAUACGCUGACAUGACGAAGGAGGAAUGGAAAAAUCAUUUAAAGGGGAAAAAACCUUCAAAGAAACCGAAAAAGAAGACUGCUUAAUGAGACAUUCAGCGACAGCAAGGAGUAGGGGAGUCGAUCCUUUCCUACAGGCUCAUGUCCCAUUCCCGACCGAUUACAUCACCGUCUUGCAUCAGAACACGUCCCUCGUUCAGCCAGCAAACACCGCAUUUUUUUAGCAGAUUUCAGACAGAACGCAAAAUCUUCUUCGUCAUCUAAAAAUAUAACCGGCGAUUACUUUCAAACACUUGCCAAUCUAUACAGCGAACCACCGAAUACAAAAUUUUGUCUAUUGGCGGGAUUCCACCCCGCUUUUUGUGUAGACUACUAAACGGAAAAGAUGCUGGUA